AUGUUACAGGACGUGUUCGCACUUGUACCAUGUGUGCGGCUGUCUCUGCUCCAGUCUCUGCCCCAGUCUCUGCUCCAGUCUCUGCCCCAGUCUCUGCCUCAGUCUCUGCUCCAGUCUCUGCUCCAGUCUCUGCUCCAGUCUCUGCUCCAGUCUCUGCUCCAGUCUCUGCCUCAGUCUCCGCCUCAGUCUCUGCUCCAGCCUCUGCUCCAGCCUCUGCUCCAGCCUCUGCUCCAGUCUCUGCUCCAGUCUCUGCUCCAGUCUCUGCUCCAGUCUCUGCCCCAGUCUCUGCUCCAGUCUCUGCUCCAGUCUCUGCCUCAGUCUCUGCUCCAGUCUCUGCCCCAGUCUCUGCCCCAGUCUCUGCUCCAGUCUCUGCUCCAGUCUCUGCUCCAGUCUCUGCUCCAGUCUCUGCUCCAGUCUCUGCCCCAGUCUCUGCCCCAGCCUCUGCUCCAGUCUCUGCUCCAGUCUCUGCUCCAGUCUCUGCUCCAGUCUCUGCUCCAGUCUCUGCCUCAGUCUCUGCUCCAGUCUCUGCUCCAGUCUCUGCCUCAGUCUCUGCCUCAGUCUCUGCCCCAGCCUCUGCUCCAGUCUCAGGAGGAGCCGUGA